AUGAUGCAAGGUGCUGCUACGGUAACAGGUUUCUUCACUGAUCUUCAAGCUGCAUGGGAUCAAUUAUUGAAUUUCAGGCCUUUACCAUGUUGCUCAUGUGGCAAGUGCACCUAUGGUGUGGAUGAUAAAAUUGCAACUUUUCAGCAUCAAGAUUCUCUCAUGCAGUUCCUUAAUGGCUUGAAUGAUUCUUAUUCUCAAGUCAGAACACAAAUCCUCAUGAUGGAGCCUAGAAUUUCCAUUGAUAAGGCAACUUCCUUAAUGAUUCAAGAGGAAAGGCAAAGGUGUUUGGGUUUUACUGCUGCCCCUUCAGUUGAAUCAACUACUCUUGCAGUCAAGAAUCAAGGAAAUUCAUUUCCAGGGAAUAACAGCAAGAAUUUCAAAGGAAACAAUGUAAAAGAGAAGCCUGCGUGUAGUCACUGUGCGAAGCUUGGUCAUGUUAUGGAGAAAUGCUACAAAUUGGUAGGAUUUCCUCCUAGUUAUAAGCAGAAAGGAAGAUAUCGGCAGCUGAUUUCCAUGCUCAACCCUCAUGCAUCCACAUCUGGUGGUACUAAUGAUGCCCUACACUCAACCAAUUCUGCUCUCUCAGUUUUUGCUAUUAAUCUUGUCAAUAAAACUGCUUAUGGUAAUGAUGUAUGGAUUCUUGAUACUAGAGCCACAGACCACACAGUCCAUUCCUUAUCUUUGUUUACUCAUAUCACUAGUUCCAUUUCAACAUUUGUUCAAUUGCCUAAUGGUGAAAAGGUCACUGUUACACAUAUAGAUUCUGUAUCCACUCUUAGUGUUACUAAGCCAUACCUUUGGCAUAUGAGGUUCGGUCAUGUUUCUGAUAAUAAACUUCAUGCUUUACACAAUAAUGCUUUUGAUUUGAUCCAUUGUGAUGUUUGGGGACCAUUUGCCAAAUUCACUCACGAUGGAUUCAGGAUUCUGCUCUAUUUGGGUUUAGAUGGUUUUCCGUCAGGUACAGCUGCUGCUGAGCCUUCAGGUACUGCUGCUGAUGCUGAUGUUGCUGUUCCCCCACUGACUGCAAUGGAUGAUUCAGACAUUCGUCGCACGUUGGAUCAUCUCUUGACCAUUCAGGCAGCUCAAGGACAGAUUUUGGUGGACGUGCUUGAUGAGAUUCGUGCCUUGCGUGCGAAGUUGGAGUAG